AUGGGAUGGGGAUCAGAGUGUUUACCAGAGGAAGCGGUGGUAGAAUUUGGUGGUGACAAACGAUCCCCUCUGGUAUCUAACCAAUUGAAGACAACCCACACCAGUUUAAUCGCCAACUGUGCUUCAACUGCUAGUGAUAGCUCAAAAGAUGAAACCCCAAUUGAACUCAGGUUCCCUGCAUUUCCUACUGUUGUUGAUAUCAAUCAGAUUCGUGAGAUUUUGCCACACCGAUUUCCAUUUCUUUUGGUGGACAGGGUGAUUGAGUACAAUCCAGGAGUUUCAGCAGUUGGCAUCAAGAAUGUGACCAUCAAUGACAACUUUUUCCCUGGUCAUUUUCCUGAUAGACCAAUUAUGCCUGGUGUUCUUAUGGUUGAGGCAAUGGCACAAGUUGGUGGUUUGGUAAUGCUACAACCGGAAGUGGGCGGCUCACGUGACAGUUUCUUCUUCGCCGGAAUUGACAAGGUGAGGUUCAGAAAACCGGUGGUGGCCGGAGACACUUUGGUCAUGAGAAUGACACUCACAAAGCUUCAAAAACGGUUUGGAAUUGCAAAGAUGGAUGGAAAGGCGUAUGUGGGAGGUGAGGUGGUUUGUGAGGGUGAGUUCUUGAUGGCUAUGGGUAGCAGCGAGUGAUGUUUUUUUCGUUUAUUGUAAUAUUUGGAAAGUCGAAAUUUUGAAUAUUUUCGACUUUUGAGUUAAUUUAAGUUGUUCUUAUUGCUUUUUUAGUAGAACUUGUAUCAAGUAAAUGAAUCAAUGGGGGUUCUUGUAACACCCUUUUGUUAAAUGUAAUCUUGAUAUCUUAAUGUUUUCAAGGGUGAAAUUGUAUGGGAGAUAAUGCUUACAUCCCGGUGUUUUGUUUCACAUUGCUCCAUCUUUUUUGGUAGGACAAAAAAUUGAUAUUUUUGUUCCACUAACUAAUAUAUGUUAAAUAAAG